AAAAAAAAAAAAAAAAAAAAAAAAGACACGCAACCGCUUCUCUUUCUCCACCCCCGAAGAUCAUUACAACGUCACUCCCGGACAUCCACCAGGUACAGAUUUGGCGUACACAAGAUGGCAUCUCUGAUCUCCGAAGGGUGUAAACGCCCUCCAUGGCUCUUACGAUAUCGCUCAUCGACGGUGUUUAUUGUUGCAACAGUAUGGACGUCAUUGUUCACGGACUACUAUCUAUAUGCCAUGGUGAGCGAGGACUUCGGUCGAAUUGCGCGUAUUUUCAUGAUGCGCCUACUCACAGCAGCUUCAGAUUGUCCCCGUCAUGCCAACAGCCCUGGUUGAUCGCGCCGGCGUCCCCUACCAAGACCGUUCGUGCAUCCCCUUCAUCUCACAUCUGCACCAUUCCUUGCUGACUUCUACAACAGGCGAGUACUGGGUCAGUGUAUUACUUAUGUGCGAAGCUGCCGUCGCAUGCAUUUGCUGCCCCAUAUUCGGUUACAUUGUUGACGUCUCGCCCACCCGCCAAUUCCCUUACCUGCUCGGGCUCAUCCUCCUCGGCGCAUCCAUGAUCAUCCUCUCAAUUGCGCAUACAAUAGGCUUGUUUAUUGUCGCCAGAUUGUUGCAAGGCGGCGCGACGGCCAUGGUCGCCGUCGCAGGUCUCGCGCUCUUGACAGACUCCGUUUCGUUCGAUAAUCUCGGCCAGGUGAUCGGCUACCUCGGCUCUUCUGUUGCGCUGGGGUUUCUGCUCGGCCCCUUGAUAGGUGGGAUCCUCUACGAGAAAGCUGGAUAUCAAGCGGUUUUCGCGAUGGCGUUCGCGAUCGUCGGCGUGGACUUGCUCAUGCGGAUCGCGGUGAUUGAGAAGAAGGUUGCCCAUCAGUGGCUCCUUGAGGACUCGGAGACGAGUCAGUCAAGCCCCCACGCCGGGGGGUAUAACACCUUCGGCGACGCAUCAGAACCAUCGGAUUUCCAGUCACCCAAGUCGAAGAAACCAGCCCUAUUCCUCAUUAUCCGCCAGCCGCGGGUUAUGAUUGCGUCAUGGGCUCUCCUAGUUCACGGGCUCUUGUAUGCCGCUUUCGAUGCAACAAUCCCCGUAUUCGUCGAAACCCGAUUCCACUGGGGACCGCAAGGUGCAGGACUAACAUUCCUCCCCUCGGCUAUCACCGCGUUCUUCGAGCCCUACUUCGGCUACCUCUCAGACCGUUACGGUGCCCGCAAGGUAACACUAACCGGCUUCCUCUUCCUCUCUAUCCCCCUCAUCUGCCUCCGCUUCGUCGAAUCCAACACAACCUCCCACAUCGUCCUCCUCAUCACCCUCCUUACCUUCAUCGGCCUCCUCAUGAACCUGUGCGUGCCCGCCCUCUAUGUCGAAACACAGAAAGUCCUCGAGGACAUGGAGCGCGAGCGACCAGGGAUCUUCGGCAAGAAGGGCGCGGUGGCACAGGCAUUCGGCGUACAAACCAUGGCGCAAUUCCUUGGGCUCUUUGUAGGCCCACUUUGGGGUGGGUUUAUUGAGUAUCGGUUCGGCUGGAAGAAUAUGUCCUGGACGUUAGCUUUGUUAGCCGGGUUGACUGCUAUUCCGAUGUUGUGGCUUAGUGAUGAGGGUGAGAAGGUGAGGGGAUUUGAGGAGGAAGACGAAGAAGAAGAGGAGGAGAGAACGAGGUUGCUGAAUGGGGAGGGUGCGUAGGGUUCUCUUUUUGCUGGGUUACGGUAUGGAUACUCUGUAACAUAUACAUGCAUGGUAUUGUACUUGGGUAAUUUGGUUCUGAGUGAAGAAUAGCCCCAGACAAUGAUCUAUACAGUACUAGGUACAUGUUGAACACACCCGACAAUCAAUACACCAACACACCAACAACUCAUACAACACUUUUCUUUAAUGCCAACACAGUGAUUCCUCCAAAUGUAACCCUACAUACCUACCUGUCCGCAGACCCCGAAAUGAACUAGACAAUUGCAGCUUACACAAACCGUCAGUACAUCUUCUACCAAUCCUGUCCUUAUAUACAUACAU